GUUUAGUUAGAUAAAGACAAUUAUGAGGUCUGUAAAUAAUGCAAUUAGAAUUGGCACUUAAGAGUACUCAAAAAUAUAAUUAUGAAAACAGGCAUCAAAAACAUAGGGUGUUGAAAGUUCCAAGAAAAACAAAUCAUCACAUAACACUUGAUCCAAUAAACAGAUUCAAUUAAAUAAAGGACUGUGGAUCUAAAAAGAUUGAUUUUAAAUUAGGCAAAUUGAUUGGUUCUGGAGCAUAAGGUCAAGUUUAUUAGGCUAUGGACAUGGACACAGGAGAAAUUGUGGCAUGUAAAAAAUUACUAAAUCACUUAAAAGAUCAGUAAAAAUUAGAUGUAAGAUGUAUUAACUUAAUUAGGUCGAAUUAUCAUUUUUGUAAAUUCUUUAACACAAGAAUGUUAUAAAAUACAUUUCUCACGAAAGUACAAAAGAAUGCAUCCUAAUAUAUUAGGAAUUUAUGCCGAUGGGUACAUUUAUUAUAUUAAUCUAAGGAUCUAUUUCUCAACUAUUAAGUGAUUUUGGACCAAUUAAAGAGUAGACUGUGAAAAGAUAUACUCAGUAAAUUCUCAACGGUUUGGAGUAUUUGCAUAAAAAAGGCAUAUUACAUUUGGAUCUAAAAUCAAGCAAUAUAUUAUUAGACUGUAAUGGAUAAGUGAAGAUUUCUGAUUUUGGUUGCAGUAGGCAAAAUAAAGAAAAUUUAUGUUAAAGUAUUUUAUAAGGGAGUGUUCCAUGGAUGGCACCUGAAGUAGUCAGAUAAGAAAGAAUUGGACCAGCUUCAGAUAUAUGGUCUUUUGGCUGUUUGAUUUUAGAGAUGAUAACAGGUAGACCUCCAUGGAGUGAAUAAAUAAAUUUUGAUAAUCCUGCUACAAGUUUACUUAGUAUUGGAUUAAGUGGAGAAUAUCCUAGAAUUCCUGAAACAGCAUCUAUAUAAAUGAAGGAAUUGCUAUUGAUGUGUUUUUCACUGGAUCCUUUAAAGAGAGCUACUAUAAGAUAACUUAAGUAGAGUGCUUUUUUAUAAUGA